UAUUCUCAUUUGUCCUUUUAAACGUUCAAUCAGUCGUGUGACAGAUUAGGUAAACUAGGAUUGUAUUGUUUUAUAUGAUUAAGAAAUUUAAUCUACUUACACUAAUUAUGUUUUUGUUAGAUGGCUUGCACGAGAAUGCGUACGUGUAUUCAACACUGACAGAGUCCGUUGUAAUCAUUAUUGAAAGAAAUCACCGUUACGUAGACGCUCGAUGUAGAGUAAACCUUUUUGAAAGUUGUGUUUUUGAAGAUGGCUGGUUUUUGGUUGACAAACAAACGAAUAACUGAUUUAAACAUACGACAUAUCUAUGGAGGACCGGAGCCAGUCGGUAAGCAUAAAAUGAUAAAGGUCACUCGCACUUUUAGUCUAAGGACUAAAGACAAAGAAGAACAAAGAAUCGAGGCCCUACAACGGCGAAUGAGGAGGAGGUUGUUCGAUGCGAAUUCUCGAGGAGAAUACGUCGUUCCACGAGCCCCUGCUUUUAGGGAGCUUGACCAAGAGGGAGUAGAUGAGAUCGUUACUAGGCUCAACCAUCCCAAAAGCGCACCGCCUCUACGCCGAAGCCAGUCCACAAAGUCGUCAACUGAGGAGAGUGGUGGUGGACAGAAGUCGAAAACUCUUUCAGAACGAGAAUUGAGUGACAUUUCUAUUCGUCUGCACAAUCAUGAGACUCAUAUGAGCCGCAUAAGAAGCGGAAAAGGAGUGCGAUUUCCGUUACCGUGCAGCCAGAUCAGUGUGAAUAGAGCGAAUAGCUCACAACAUUGAAUGAUAAUUCAUAAACAAUAUUCUCUUGAUAAUAGUAAGGUGGUGUUUUAGUUGUGUUCUACAAACAGACAGUACAUCAGACAUUGUAGUGUUUACAAGGCCUUGCAGCAACCUGAAAUCAAGUACUCUGAGCGUUACGAACAACUCUAACAAACAAAAACAAAACAAUAGUUUUAUGAAUAUUAUUCUUACUUCAUGGUGGAUAAAUAAUUUGCUGCCACGAAUGUUUACGAAUGUAUCUUUAACGAGAAAGCUAAACUUUUGUGUAUUCAUAAAUGGGACACGAUUCAUUUUCAUAGACAUUUUUUAUAUCCUCAUUCGAUUUUUAUUAAAUUCAGUACAUUUUCGUA